CCAGCUUUAGAACGUUAUAUGUAUGGCCGCUGUUGCUGCUCUAUUUUCCUUUACAACUUCUCCAAAUGUUAAGAAGCUACUUGGCUGGAAACAGGGUGAUGAGGAGGAGAAAUGGGCGCUACGUGCCAUUGAAGCUUUAGAAAAGAAGCUUCGAAAGAACAAAGGAGCAGUGAUGGAGCUGGAAAAUGCGUUGGCUACACAGAGUACGGAUAGUAAGUGUGUGACUAUACCGCGCAGCUUGGAUGGAAGGCUGCAGGUAUCUCACAGAAAAGCCCUGCCCCACGUGAUCUAUUGCCGGGUGUGGCGCUGGCCUGAUUUACAAUCACACCAUGAACUCAAGGCUAUAGAAACGUGUGAAUUUGGUUACGAAAACAAAGCAAAGGAUGUGUGUAUCAAUCCCUACCACUACCGCCGGAUAGAGAGCGCUCCAAUCUUGCCUCCUGUGCUUGUACCACGCUUCCCAAUCAACAACGGACAGCCAUGGAAACCCAUACCAGAUCCACCAUUACCCUACAACCAGACCAUCAAUGCGACUCCCCGUAGUAACUUCGGCUACACGCCAAUGUCCCCUGCAGUAACCAUGGGAACUGGAGACGCCUUGUCUGUAAUGGGACACGGUCAGCAGAUAGGCAUGCCCCUGAGUCCACACGGAGGACCACACACUCCCGGUCAAAACGUGCUCUCUCCAAAACCAGGCUCCGUUACCUCGCCGAGUAGCUGCAUGUCAUCUCCCAGGGCUCAGCCUGCAGACUACGCUUCGUACGGGUCUCCUGGCCAGUUCGGUGUCCAGUCACCCAACAACUUCCAGGCCCCUCAUACUUACGCUAACAACCAAGGCUUGGCUGGAACUAGCUGUGUCUACUCGACAGCAAACCACGCCGCCAGCUACCCCAACUCUCCCAACUACGCACAAGCUCAAUCGGAAAACAAUAACCCGUACCCACAACAGCAGCAAGUGGACCAGAAACCACAGAACGGGGAGUACAGUGAGGUUAGGAUGGAGCAGCCCUCUGUGUGGGCUUCUUUCACUUACUACGAGCUGAAUACCCGGGUCGGGGAUCCUUAUCAUGCACAGAUGAUAUAUCCUGACCAUAACUACGUCAUAAUUGACGGAUACACCGAGCCCGGAAACAGCCAGCAGAGGUUCUGCUUGGGUCAGCUGAGCAAUGUGAGUCGAAACAACACUGUCGAGAAAACCCGGAAGCACAUCGGCCGUGGAGUAAAAAUCAGUUUUGAGGACAACAAGGUUUACAUUGAGUGUUUGGGAGACAGCGCGGUGUUUGUACAGAGCCGGAAUAGCAACAAGGAGUACGGUUUUCAUCCGUCCACGGUUGUCAAGAUACAGAGUGGAGUCAAGCUCAAGAUCUUCUGUCACAAGCUCUUCCACGAGAUACUCACCCAACAGUUGACAGAAGGAUACGAAGCUGUGUUUGAUCUCACCAAACACUGUAUGAUCCGGAUGAGUUUCGUGAAGGGUUGGGGAGCGGACUACCACAGACAGGACGUCACCAGCACGCCCUGUUGGGUAGAAAUGUCGCUUAACGGUCCACUACAGUGGGUGGACAAGUGCUUGAAGUAUAUCGGGUCCAGUAAGAAUCCUAUAUCCAGUGUGUCCUGAUGAGGACCUCACAUCCCUUCCUUGCUUACUAGUUACUUUUAAAGCUCGACACCCAACAAGAAGAAAAGUUGCGGAGAUCACAAAGGACAAGAUGCAGUUCAAGAUAAGUCAGAGACACGUGACACUCCUUAUAUGGGCAUCACGUGACCAGGCAGAGACUGUUUAGGAUGCCAUUAGUUUGACCCCGCCACGCGCCUGUGCUCCUCUCCCUUGCAUUGUGAUGGUUCCUCUAUAUUACCUAAGAAACGGACUUUAAAGGGAACACCCUGCGGAUGAACUGUUUAGAUGAGCUGUCCAUGUAACCACGGUAACCACGGUAACCACGGUAACCACUGUCCAUGUAACCACCACUCGCUCCUUCACCCCUGCCUGUGUGUGUUAUAUAGAACUAGAGAGACAAACUCCCCCUUUAAAUUCUAGAAUAAUAAAGAGAAACUUUUUUAAAUUUGUGGAUAUGGAAUACAUGAUAUUAUAUAAACAUUAUAUACAAGUUUAUAUAAAUAAUUGUAGAAUUUUUGAAAGUUACCACACAUGGUGUCAAUGAUAUUAUGUAGCUUGAAGUAACAAAGCGUAGGAGAGAACCAGGCAGAAUCUGUAAGAACACGUGACACUCCUUAUAUGGGCAUCACGUGGCAGAAUCUGUAAGAUUUCCGAGUUUUUUGUUUCUGGGCGUUAAACUCGAACCAGGCAGAAUCUGUAAGAUUUCCGAGUUUUUUGUUUCUGGGCGUUAAACUCGAACCAGGCAGAAUCUGUAAGAUUUCCGAGUUUUUUGUUUCUGGGCGUUAAACUCGAACCAGGCAGAAUCUGUAAGAUUUCCGAGUUUUUUGUUUCUGGGCGUUAAACUCGAACCGCCGACCCAUACAAGUGUUUUAACGAACUUUCUUAAUUCUAACUUAUUCUUAGGUUCUGAUUAUGUUAAUAUGGCUGGUUUUGGAGGUGGUGAGAAUUAGUGAUACCCUCAAAAUAUUUGAAAACUUUAAAUCCGACCUGCGACUCCCAGAUCUUUGGAUUUGUCAUUACCUCCCAAAGUAGCCAAGAUCUGUUAUUUCUGUAAAUAUACUACAUAUAAUUAUUUAAUUUCCAAGUUUAUUUUUUCAUCACCUUCAGGCUACAGCCUACGGGUACCAUCCUAUGGCAAAGAAUAAAUCAUGAUCAUAACCAUGGUAACCAGGUAACCAGGUAACCAUGGCUUAGACCUUCUUUUGUGUUGUGGCCAACAAAUAUCUGGGUGCAUAGUAUUUGGAACAUAUUAAAAAUAGAUUUUGACACACACAAAUAAAUCCUAAAAAACAAGUCAAACCAUACUUAUCUCUUAACAUGUCUCUAUGUAUGAAAUGUAAACUAUAGUGCACGAAGUAAGAAAGUUUGAUGAAAGGUUUCUAGUUGCCGUGUGUAUAACUUCUCACGAAAGCAUGAACUUUAAUGAACAUGUUGUUAUGUAUGCGCAAGAUAAACAUGUGGGGAUCCAUUAAAAAUAUUGUACUAGAUUUUGUUAGAACUUUAAAAAUUGCUGUAAAAGUUUAGCUAGAGUAAACAUUGAAACAUUGGUAGUUAAAAGUUUGAUCCUCUUUCAACCCGUUUUGAUUCUAUAUAUUUUUAACAGUUUAUAUGCGUCGAGGCGACUAUUUUGUAUUAGAAGAGUAUAUUUUAUAUCUCGACAUAUGUUACAAUGAUGAUUGAUUUUAAAUAUUUUAUUCUUUCUGAAUGGA